AUGGAAAAUGACAUUGUAAAAGAGCUACAAAAAGCGCGAAAGCUUGCAGUGCAUCUUGCUAGAGAGAUUGAUUUCAAGAACCAAAAGUUGUUAGAGACGGAGAAAAAGUGGGAUUGCACUUCCCAAAUGCUAAAUGUGAUGAGGGUUGAGAAUCAUAAACUGAAACAAUCGGCCGAUAAAAGCAUGAAGCAGAUUCAGUCAAUUACCGCGCGUAAUUUGGCACUGCAGCACAAUUUGCAGUCUCAGAGAGAUGAGUUUGAGCAGAAAAUUAAGGAAUUGGAGAUGAAAGUGGCUCAAAAUGAUCGAGAGAGGAAAACUUUACUCCAAGAAAAGGAAAUGAUAACUUGUUUUUUUUCUUUGAAAGUUGGAAGCUUUGAGGCUGACGAGUUGAAAGAAGAAUUGACAGAAAAAAAGAGGAAUUGCAAUGGUUUGCUAGAUAUUCUGGAUAGCCAAAGUAUUGGGAUCAAAAGAAUGGGAGAGGUUGAUACAAAACCUUUUGAAGAUGCCUGCUUGCAGAGGUUUGCUGGAGAUUAUGAGGAGAAAUCAAUGCUGAUAUGCUCGUUGUGGCAACAUAACAUUAGCAAUCCAAUGCCACAUCCUUUCAAGAGAGAGUUUGUAGAUGGGAAAUUUCGAGAAGUAAUAGACAAAAAUGACAGUAAGUUGGAGGAGUUGAGAAGUAUGUGGGGUGAGGCAGCUUACAAAGCCAUAGCGGAUGCACUAAUGGAAUUGAAUGAGUACAAUCCUAGUGGGAGAUAUGUAGUUCCUGAACUCUGGAACUUCAAGGAUGGCAGAAAAGCCAGUUUGCAAGAGGUGAUCAAGUGCAUGAUUAAAGAAUUGAAGACUUACAAAUCUCUUAAACGUAAAAGGUAA